CAAACAAAAUGUUCACCCCUCCAAAAAUAUUUUCAACCCCCCCCCCCAAUAUUCGGCAUAAUAAAAAAUAAUUAAAUAGUCCACUCCAACGUGCAGAGUGUUGAUGGUACAAAAUAAAUGUAGGAGUACACUCAUAUAGAAAAAGACAGUGCAACACUCUGAAACUAAUCGCUCCUCGCUUGCAUUCACUGGAGCAAUUGUAAAGUUUUGAAACUCUAUUAUCUCCCCUGAAUAAAGUUUGUAGUGCCUUGUCAUGCAAAUAGCUUGCUUGCAAGGCACGUUUCGAAUUUUUACGAACAUUAUUUUUAGUUUUUAAUUCUUUUAGGAAAUAGACUUGCCUAGAUUUAAUCUUUACGCCCCAAAUAUUAUUUACAUCGGAGUUGCAUCAUAAAUUGUACUCUGAUUCAAAUGACACGUACAAUGUUAAUGACUUUAUAAAAGUAAAAGCAUAUUGUGUAUUGGCCUAUUGGGUUUACACUGUUAGAGGUUCAUUUAACUUUAACUCUCUCAAGUCUCAACAGACAAUCGGACAUGCCAAAUCCAUUGAUAUGACACUCUUCAAAAAACGUUUUUUCGAAGCUAGAAAUCAUGAUUUUUUUUCCAAUUUUUCCAGGGAUACUUUGUUUUCUGCUCUCUAAACUCCCCCUCGCGGCUCUAGUGCUCCACCCCUAGAAUCUAUAUAGACCUUACUGGGGUUUGGUGACACUUUGUGUUGCUUCAGUCACCUGCUCACGGCUCACCACCCUAAAAUUUCUGGCACCACCCCAGUAAAAAAUAUGAAAAUCCGUCUAUGCCACUAACUACGUGUAAACAUGAAUUAAUAUUCAAAUAUAUUUACCAGAAAACUAUACGUCUAUAUGAUAAAAUGCUUUGUCGAGAGAGAUAAUGUUGAAUAGUGAGAAAAAUAAAUACUCAAUUCCUCCAAUACUGAUCAAUAUGUCUUCCUUUAGGUAUUUGGGAUAUGCUUUUGAGGAGGAUAUGUCAGAAGGCUGGGCAGGAGGAUCUAUUGUCACAGUACAAAUUUUUUGCUUGUCUGGAGAAGUCCUGUGAUAACCAGACAAUUAAGUCCAUUUAUUUUAGCGACAAAUUACGAAAGAUUGUUUAUGGAGCGGUAAGCAAUGUCACAAUUCGUAUUAUUUUAUCAAAUUAUACAUGCAUAUCCGGUAUAGAAACUAAUUAUUUUGAUAAAAAGACAAAGUUGUCCUUUUUUCUAAUUCGUAAAAAUGAUAAACAUGCAGCACUUUUCUAUUGUGUCUCGGCGAACAAACCUUGACUUAAUCUAGUGUAAUAUUGAUAAUCUCUCAAACAAUUAACAGGGUUGGCCAAGAGACAAGGAAAUUACCAAGUCACUUGUAGUAUGUGCAGUGAGAUGCAUGUUGAUGAAUCUGGAAGAAAGAAUGAGCCUGAACGAUCUUCAUGGUACUCUAGAGGUAUGCGAUCUGUUUGUAAUAUAGCAAGUCUCAGAUUUCGAAAUGCAAUCUAGAAAAGUAUAACUAUAAGCGUAAAUCGAAUCCUAGACAAUCGAGAGGACAAUUUCUCUUGAUUGUCUAUGAUCAAAUGAAGAGGUCCAUGUUCACUAUACAAUUACUUUAUGGUUUCCGUGUUUGGAUGGCCUGAUCCAAACACGCGGGAAUGUUGCGAGAGUUAAGAAAAGCGAGCGAAACACGAGCCGAAGGCGAGUGAUUUUGCCCGCUUUUCUUAACUCGAGCAAUAUUCCCAAGUGUUUGGAUCAGUCCAUCCAAACACGGAAACCAUAAAGUAAUUGUUUUAUAAAAUAACAACAACACGGUAGUCUUCCGUGUUUGGAUGGCCUGAUCCAAACACGGCUUUCGACCAAUCAGAAUACGCGUUAUAUACAUGUUAUUUUAUAAAAAAAUUUCCAUGUUGACAAAAAUUUUCCGCUGACGCCAUGUUUUUUGUUUUGAAGCGAACUGCAAUGCUACCUGACUCUUCCCUCGAGAUCUUCUAGAAUGCGAUUGGCUCAUCUAUAUUUCAGAUUUAUCGUAGUAUUUUAUGUACUGUCUGUGAUUUAAAAUUAUGACAUCUUUAUUUGGAAGUAAUAAAACCAUGAUAUUCAGGUUAAGUUAGCGUGCGUAGCAGUAAUCUGAGUGUGAUAAUAAUCACCCUCGGAAACAAUAAUUUCGGAAACAUUUUCUUGCAUGUUGGAUAAUUUUAAUAUAUAGCAAAAUAUAAUGUUGAGGUUUUAUUAUUAUUACUUAAUAUAUAUGUUUUAUAUCAGUGUUACAUUUUCUUAUUAACAUUUCGUGAAUUAGUGUACGAAACAUAAUUAUAAAAUAACAUGUAUAUAACGCGUAUUCUGAUUGGUCGAAAGCCGUGUUUGGAUCAGGCCAUCCAAACACGGAAGACUACCGUGUUGUUGUUAUUUUAUAAAACAAUUACUUUAUGGUUUCCGUGUUUGGAUGGACUGAUCCAAACACUUGGGAAUGUUGCUCGAGUUAAGAAAAGCGGGCAAAAUCUCUCGCCUUCGGCUCGUGUUUCGCUCGCUUUUCUUAACUCUCGCAACAUUCCCGCGUGUUUGGAUCAGGCCAUCCAAACACGGAAACCAUAAAGUAAUUGUAUAUAGAAAGAUUAAGGUCAAUGAUGAUUUAUUAUCUGAAUCGAUAUCUUUAUAGACAUUGAUAUCUUUAUAGACUGAAUUAUGUGAACUUCAGAAGAAAGUAAAGUUCAUUUUGUACGAAAACUUGGACAAUCUGUGUCUCUACUGCAUCAAGAACGUAAGAGGUACUAUAAUUAAUAUAAUUAAUUCGACAUAUAAUAAUAACUUGUUUGAACAAUCAAGAAAAAAGCAUUAAAACUAUAAGAUAAUUCGGUUAGUGGGUUGCAGAAAGCGGUAUUUGUUGGAAGGGUCUGGUUUUAUGGUUUUUUUUACAGAUAAGCUUCCGUUGACGUGUGGUUGUGUGACAGCUUGUAAUGAUUGUCUUCGAAAUAAUGGCCCGCUGGACUGUCCGGAACAUGGAAUGCAUUAUUCGAAAAUUGGUUAGUUACAUGGGUUAGGAUAAAACGCGCAUAUAUGACUGCUCAAUGACAAUGUCGUUUAACGAGAACAUAAGUCAUCCGUCCGUCCGUAUCCGCGUUUUAUCCUAACCCUUAGCUACAUGCAGUGUAUAUCUAAUUAGCCCCUUGCUCGCGGGUCAAAAGCCUUGUAAAGCGAGGAUGGAAUCUAAGGAUUUUUUAAAGACAAAAUUUUUUUAUAUCACUGCGCAUAGGAUAACAUUUCAAUUCGGCUCCAUGCUAAACAGCGAUGCAACACUCUUAGUACGUAUAGCUUAUCAGUUGCUCAUUGCAUAUAUUUACUAAACCAGCUGAAAAUUUACUUCUUGCCAAUUUGUGAAUUAAUACAAGACUUUCUACGAAUUCGUCAGUGGUGGAGGGGACCUAACUACGAGUUGGUGAACUGGAAAACACCAAAUUUUCCUGGGCGUCUGUCUCGGUGUUCUCCCCACAAAAUAAUGUUUAUAUAUAUUGUGUUAUUCUGAUUAUACUCGCAAAAUCAUUCCGGUGGCCCAUAGUCAUAGAAACAGUUACUUGGAUUUUGAAAUUUUGUCUGUUGUACACAGGUCAUCCCCUCACGUAUGGUGUUGUAAUACAAGGAGAGUUCCAUGAAAACAAAUCAAUCUGUGAUAAUGAUUCAGUCGCCAUGGAAAGUCUUUUAAACGACCAAAAUAUCUUCGCUAUCAAGUUAGUGGAAUUUAUUUAUUUAUUGGGUUAAUGACGGGCAAGAGAAGAUUAAGAUCUAGAUUUCAAUUAAGACUUGUAUUCUUGAGUUUUCAAUCACAUGAUGUUUUAAGCAUAACUUGACUCACGUGGGAGUCAAUCAUUAAACUGAGGUCAACCAAAACAACAAAGAAACAAAAUGACUGUGUAAUGCAUCUUCUGUAAAUGAGUUCUCCCACUAUUAUGAAAGCCAAUAUAAAACAAUGUGAACAAUAUAAAAGCCGACUUUACCUUUGAUAUAUGAACCCGAGAUACAGGCCUUAAUCGGUCGGAAUAAUCCCCAGCCUAGUCCCUGGCUAUGCGUGUCUAGCCGUGAGCGGUGACGUCACAGUUAUGUUCCACGUGCUCACAUGCUUCAGAACGACGGAGAGUAGGCUGAAUAAUCCCGUCAUUUGCAUGUAUAUAUCAAGCCCAACUUGGAAGAACCGUAGCGUUAAUAAUAAUAAUAAUAAUAAUAAUAAACUUUAUUUAAAGAAGGUGCAAUUAUACAAAAACCAGUUUAGCAACGCUAAUCUCACACCGAGCCUUCUGUUCAACUGUCUAUCUAUUACAAAUUUACUAUUAAAACUACACAUUAAACUGGACAUCAUGCAGUACAACAAGCACAUAUAAAAGUCGUACAAACAAAAAAAAAGUCGUAUAAAAAUGACGGCCGUGUAAACACGGAGUGAUAGCUUAUACUUGUAAAUAUUGAAAUAUUUCGGUUGUUUCGGCAGUUUUUAUUGAAAUGUUUCAGCAUAAUCAGCAAUAUGAUACCUUACUUCCCAUCACCCCCUUCGUGCAUAAUUAAAAGCAGAAAUUGCCAAUUCAACACUAACGUGCGAGGCCGGUAGUUUCGGGUUGGAAGAGCUAGGAAUAUAUAUAUUCAUAGUAAGAAUAUGAAUAUUAUUUGAAACAAAAUUGAAAGGAAAGUUUAUCUCCCUUCCCCCCUUUUCGACAGGCAUUUUGAAGGUGGGAAUAUUGAAUGUUUAAGUACUAGAUAAAACAUGAGCAGCCGAUCUUUAUCUGAUAUAAAAACUCGAGGUGAAGGCGAGAGUUUGUAUAUCAGAUAAAGAUCGGAUGCGAAUGUUUUAUCGUGCUUAUAAAACGACCCAUCUUAUGAGUUCAUUGGCGAAGUAAUUUUAAAAAUAAACAUUGUCUAAGCCGAGAAAAUCAAAGCUGAAGUUUAUGUAAAUCAGGACAAAUCUUUAUGCGAAACAUUGUUUAAACAUUCAUUUCUUUUCUCUGCUUCCACCCACGAGGUAGUUAUCGGUUGUACUGCAUAGUCCGACAGGACUUUAAUUUUACUAUAUCUUUAAUAUCAGGAUGAUCCUCGUUUAAAUGUUAAGAAAGAAAGUUCGUAUAGUAAGUUAAUUCAGUUUAACACUUCAUGCAGAGUACUUUCUUAAAACCCCAAAACAAAUUUUGGUGAACAAAAGCAAUAAUCUAUAUAUGCUGCACUAGAUAAUUAACCACAUAUAUUUACUUGUAUAGAAACAUUGAACGUAUAAAAUCUAAAAAUCAAAGUGAAGCCUGUGAGGAAUUGAAAAGACUAAAAACGAAGAUCAUGGGUGACAAAAAAGCGGCAAAGGAUAGCGAGAAGUACCCAACAACGUUACUGCUUUACAUCACAGGCCAUUGCAACGACGCUGGCAACCUAAUACUUCCCGAUGGCAGCAUUUUGAAAAAGAAAAUCCUGUCUGAUUUCAUAAAUAAUAUUAAUCCAAAGAAUCUGAUUGUGUUAGCCAAUGGUCAUUAUUCGGAGAAGUUGGUGAAAAAUCUUUCACAGGCGCAGAAAAAUAUUUUUUUUACUUCUAGUACAUUCUUUGGUGUGUUUUCGCAUGCUGGUAACAUGUGUGCAGUGUCACACAGAGAUAUUAGUGACGAAAAUAGUAUUUUUGUGAAGUUCAUAUUAGAUAUCCUCAAGAAGGAUGAAGCUGAAGUUUCUUCCAGUUCAAGUGGGGUGAGCGAAGGAUAUCUUACAGCAGCAGGACUUGCUGCUGAGAUCAGUAAGCGUACGCAGGAGAAGUUCAACAAAUGUCUGAAGCCAAUUGACCGGUACGGCAGUUGUAUCCCAAUUGCAUAUAUUUGAAUUAUAAUAGUCAAGGUGUUUAAUUAACUGACUAUAAUACAUGUAUAAAUAGCGUAACACCAUGAGAAAUAUGUUAAAUAUGCACAUGAAUGUGUAAAAUAGUAUGUAUAAAAAGCGGUAGUAUUUAGUAUUAUGAUCACAGAAAUUGUUCGGUAACUUCGGUCAUUCAGAUAAUUGGAAAGCUUGCAGGGCCCCUGGUUAUUAACCCAGAUAACCACAAGGUGAAAGUCCUGGUUAAAUCAACUAUAAGGAAUAUAGGUUAAGGCCGGAUUCCACGAGGCGGAAUUUUUCGACCGAAACGAAAUUGCUCUUUGUCUUUUUACAAUUAGUUCUGCUCGAGAGCUCUGAAACAAAGAGAAAUUUCGAUUCGGUCGAAAAAUUUCGCCUAGUGGAAAACCGCCUUUAAAAUAACCAGGAAAAAUAACCGUUAUAACUGAAAAAUAAAGGUUAUUCCUGGGUGAAUUUUAACCAGAGUGUAACACCACUGCAGUUGUAAGUAUAUUUAAACAUUAGACAAUGGAUCAAUAUUAAGCCCGUUCUCCACUAGGCGAAUUUUCUCGCGCGACGCGAAGCGAAAAAUAAAUCUUGCCAAUGUGAUUGGUCAGCGAAAAAAUUCGCCGCGAAAAAGUUGGAUCAGUUCCUACUUUUUUACUGUUCGCGCGAACAAAUUCGCCUAGUGGAGAACGGGCUUUAGUAUAGGAGUGAAAGGGCUCCUAUGCUGUAUUGUAUAAAAGUAGGUAGAACUACAAGUCGCACCUCGAGUCGCACACUAAAGAAUCCAUAUUUAUAAGUAGAUCGGACAAAACGAUGGUGGUGAAACCAUCUCUAUCACGUAUAUAGAAAAUUUGUAAUAUUGUUGGAGCGACUUCCAUACAAAAGUCAUUAAAUCAUGUAAUUUUUAAAUUAAAAUUCCAAUAAAGUGGUUGCCUAUAGUGUUUUAUAAAAGGACUGGUAACUAGGUCCUGACGUCGCGUGAAAUCUACUCGACAAGUUGUAAGAUUUUUACGUGCAUGUGUAAUACCCUGGUAAUACAAAUAAACAUGCACGCGUGCAUUAGGUCAUGACCUUACGUGCGGAUAUUAAUACUAUAGGGAGCCAUCAAUCUGGCGUUUAGUUAGUAGUUUUUUUUUACACAAUACACUGUGAAUUGUUCUAGUAUUAUACAGGGUGUCCCAAAAAACGAGAACUAUUGAAAUCACCAAUAACAAUUUAAUUGUUAGAAUUUGAAUGCCUUGGCACUCUGUUGGUUCCCACGAGUGCAUAAAUGAUUGACAUAAAUUUUAUGCAUAAAGAAACUAUUUAAGAAGCUGCUUUAAAUUCCCAAGAGCAGAAAAUCGCGCACUUUACAAGAUGUUUUAACCAAAUUUUAAUACAUGCACCUUGUCAAUAUUUUACGCAUCAUUACGUUCAGCGUUUUGGUAGGCAUUCAAUUUUAACAAUAAGUGAUUUCAAUAGUUUUCGGGUUUUUUGGGACACCCUGUACUGUAUAACUAGGCAAUUUGUACUAUUAGCUAUACUGUAUUUAGUUCAAUUGUUAAUCCAAAAUCCUUAUAACCAUACAAAAGACAGCAUUGUUGCAAGACUUACAGUUAUACAUGUACAUUGCAUUUAGUUCAUUAAAUAGUAAUCUCAAUGACGACUCAAGUACAUUUGUAAAUGAAUGAUUGAAU